UCUAGCCAGUUCCUUCACAAAUCACACAGGGUGUGUUUUUGUGAUUGACCCAGUUAGGCAUGAUGUUACGAGAAGAAGGUUCAAAAUAAAGAAUGUAGUUAUGCUAUUAUUUUUAGGCAGUUAUUACUUUUGGGCAGCUUUCCUUGCAUACUCCGUGUUUGCUGCUCUGCCUGGCCCCCACAACCUGACCAUGGAUGCAAUGAACACUCGAUACAUCCUGAGAUGGGACUGGAAUCACUCCCUGACCAAUGACAGCGUCCAUUUCACUGCAAAAUACACCUUGUCUAAUCUCGAGUGGGACCCAACGCUCUCUGUGGGGAAGUGUGUCAGGACUACUGAGCGGAUGUGUGACUUCUCUGAAGAGCUCGAGUACUCUGCAUCAUAUGUACUGACCGUGAUGGCGGAGGUCGGGGGUCAGAGGUCAAACUGGUCCCGGAAGAAGUUUGUUCCCGACGAAGACGCGGCCUUAGGUCCACCAUCGCAUGUUGAGGUGGAACCAGGGGACGCCAUGGUAACCGUGAGCUUCCGGGAGCCAAUGACUGAGAAGAACACCCCCAUGGGUUCUCUGCUGAGUUCAAGACUGUACUUCACACUGCAGUACUGGGAGAAAGACCAUCCUAGCCAGAAGCAAGAGAAGGUUGUUGAUACCACAGAGAGAACACUGUCCCCUCUAAAACCCUGGACAGAGUACUGCCUGCGUGUCAACGCAUUCAACAAAGAUUGGAACAAGACCAGCCCCCCCACAUCGCCACAGUGUGUGAGGACCUUGGGAAAAAGACACCCUCAUGUGUGGUUGGUGUUGCUGGUACUGCUUAUUCUGCUGAGCUGUGUGGCUCUGGUGUACUACAAUUACUGCCGGAGGAAUAAAAGCAUCCUCUCAAAAUACACAUUUCCUGGCAAUAUACUGCAGAAAUCGCAGGAUCCCACAUCCCUAAUCCUGUUUCCUUUGGAGGAGUGCUGCACAGUUAUGUCUGUGGUGGCUAAACAGGUCGAACUGACAAAACAGCAUCAACAGCAGUGGGUCAAUGGUCAGGAAUUCACAGAGGCGGAGCAGCACAAUGGCUUUUCCACCAUCCAGUCAAGCUAGAGUAAUGUAAGUGAUAGCCUAUGAUAAAGGGAAUAAUUAAUUGACUUGUCGUCGUCCCCAUGUAUUUUCUCAGGUGUUUUAUAUUUUUUGGAAAGGAAAGUGGUGUAAAAUGGGGUGGAGAGCAUUUGCUAGUGGUACAUGGCUACACUGAAGAAGGCAGGCUAGACCUCAUGACCAAACUUUUAGGGUAUUUUUUGUGUCCAUGUCAGGUUGCCCCCCCCCCAAACUGAAAGAGUUUAAUGAAGUGGUCCCUUCCGAUUGAGCCAGCCAAUGCAAUGUGUGCAGACUAGUUACCACAAACAAAGGAACUUUGCCUCUAGUUAAGGGCUCUAUUCACUCAAACUGGCAUUGCGGUGUUUAUGCAGUAACUCUUUUUGCCAUGGACGUAUUAACUCCCUGACUGGCCUGGUACUGGACAAGGGGGUUCAAUUGAAACAUUUAGAAUUAUUUACAUUAAUGUGUGUAGUAUUUACAAGGGUAUGUUACACCAUAAAGGCCAGAUUCACGCAGUCUCCUAAACAGCUGAUGUUGAGAUGUGUCUGUUACCCAACCUAUCUUACCCAGUCACCCUCUGUCUACCCACAGUAACUUUUAUUUAGAAGUAAAGCGAUUCUACACAUUUAUUUUUAAGGCCACCCCUGUUAAUUUAAAUGCAUUCCAGGUGACUACCUCAUGAAGCUGAUUGAGAGAAUGCGAAGUGUGCAAAGUUGCCAUCAAGGCAAAAGUUGUCUACUUUGAGGAAUCUACAAUAUGAAAUGUAUUUUGAUUUGUUAAAAAAAAAAAAAGAUUGCUACCAAAAGAGUAAAACUAAAGAAAUACUCUUGAGUGACAUGUUUCCUAACUGACUGGUACUACUAAGUCAUGUUCAUCAUGUUAAUUUUGUACACUGUAAGUGAGAAUGUUGAUGCAAAGUUUAUACACAUUGUAAAUGUAUAAAACAUUUAUAUUAUAUAGAUUUUUUCAUUGUACAGUAUGUAUGUCUGAAUGUAUGUAUGUAUGUCCGCCAGUCUGUCCUGGCUUGUCAAAUUAAAGGAAAUGUU